CAGAGAACCAGCCCCCUACCUCACCCGCGCCCUCCUCCCCCUGGAAAUGACAUUAAAAUCUUUCAUAUCCUUCCAGCAACAAGCGCGCUGUGGGGAGAAGCUCAACAUCCGAUGAGCGGCGGUCAGUCCGUCUACUAAAACACAUGAAGACAGGAAUCAGCCUCCGUACGUGUCGAUGAGCCCAAACGUGAGGCGCAGCGCUGACUUGCCGCCUAUCUGCCUUCGCCCCCCGCGCUCCUCGCCUGUUUUAUAGGUUCGGCGUGGCGUGGAUCUUUUAUUCUGGUUGUAUAAUUUUUUUCUACAUCAACCUCCCACUAUCUAUCGCCCUCCAAAUCUCGGCACUUGUAUCUCAGCGCGCAUGGAGAGAAAGGGGGAUUUCAAAGAAGGAUUAUGGCAUUUUGACUUUUUAAAUUUUCAGUUCCAUUUAUUAUAAUCUUUAUUUUACAUGGCGAAAGGGCUAUGCAAACGGGUCGCUGCUGGGUGUGAUACAAUCGCCGCGGAUUUGGAUGCUCAAGCAACAGCAACGGCAGUCCUACAGGCAGGGAGCGUUUCCGACGGCGCCCCCGUCUCUUCCUCAUCCUUUCCCCGGCUCUAUGUCGAGUAAUGGUCGGCUUGCUUCACUGGAUGCACCGCGUAUUUCCCGGAUCAUCGAGGGCUGCUCAUCCGAUACCAGCUUCCCAUUUUCGGCGGUAAUCUUUCAAAAGCUAGGGGCUACAUAUGGAAACUGGAGAUCAGAAUUUUAGAAAAAAGGAAAAAUAGAGGUUGUUUCUUUCUUUAUUUCUUUUGAAAUCGACUUAAUUUAUCCCUUGUUCUUUUACGUUGUGCGUUGAUUUCUUCAUCCGUCGUUGGUUUAAUUUGAUAAAUCAGUGUGAGUCUCAUCAUACUUAAUUAACUAGAGCGGUAUUAAUCCCGAAGAUGACUUUCGAUUUGUUUUUACCUAAUCCAUUUCGAAAAUUGUACAUUUGUCUUUUUCAAUAAGGUUAUCACUAUCCUAGAUUUUCUCGUCCUUGUUUAUCUAACUGCUUUUUCCUUUGACAUGAAAUAUAGGCAAACACAAAUAAAUACAGACCAAAUCACUAGAUGAUCAGUCAGGUUGAAAUAUCAAUGCAUUUAACAGCAUAGUCGUGCAAACGAGUAAUAUAAUUAAUUCUUUGAAAAUAUUGACGUGUUGGAUGAAUUGUAGCCUAUGCGACCCUGUCAUUAGUCUAACGCGACCGCCGCCCCCUCUAAGUCGGCUAUUGAAUCGCAAUUCAGCGCAUUAACAGACAAGUGGCGUGUGAUGCACGUAUGUUACACUGUUCAGUUUAAGGACAAACUAGACGAUGUUUUAUUCCAGACCUCGUUAAUCAACCAAUAAGUGCAUUUUUCUCGACCUGUAGGGCAUCAGCCUUUGCUGAAACUUCUGCAUAAUCCCACGCUAAAUACACAUGCGGUGGGCUUCAUAUUGUCAAUUUUAGUUACUCCUCGCCGUCGCCGCAGGUGACUGUUUAGUUGUACACACAGCAUCAACAGGGAGCGCUUAGCUUCCUCUGAAGUGGCAGAAACUCAUAUAUUUUGAAAGCAGCCGCCCAUCUCAUCAUCCCUGUUCUAGGACCCCCUAUUCCCCAGUUUUUUUUCCUUGUCGUUUCCACAGAGAAGCGACCAUAAGGUUGAUCGCAAAGCGGACCGCUUCCCUUUUCAUCCAAUCAAAAUGAUCCCGUUUUUUUAGUGCAGUUUGGCCCCAUCAAUUUUCAAAUAUUUAUUUCCUGUACAUCAAGAGGAAAGGGGCCCCCCCUUUCAUGGAAUGCAGAAACAUGGUUCUGUUUGACCGCGGAGUGCAGAUGUUACUGACUACAGUCGGUGCCUUUGCAGCCUUCAGCCUAAUGACUAUAGCAGUGGGUACGGAUUACUGGUUGUACUCACGGGGCGUGUGCAAGACCAAAUCGGUCAGCGAGAACGAGACCAGCAAGAAGAACGAGGAGGUGAUGACCCACUCGGGACUGUGGAGGACGUGUUGCUUAGAAGGAACCUUCAAGGGUUUCUGUAAACAGAUAGACCACUUUCCUGAAGACACGGACUAUGAAGCAGACGCAUCAGAGUACUUCCUUCGUGCGGUGCGAGCCUCCAGCAUCUUCCCCAUCCUCAGCGUCAUCCUCCUCUUCAUGGGGGGGCUCUGCAUAGCAGCCAGCGAGUUCUACAAGUCACGGCACAACAUCAUCCUCAGCGCCGGCAUCUUCUUUGUGUCAGCAGGCCUCAGCAACAUCAUCGGGAUCAUCGUGUACAUAUCAGCCAACGCGGGGGACCCCUCCAGGAGUGACUCCAAGAAGAACAGCUACUCGUAUGGCUGGAGCUUCUACUUCGGCGCGCUGUCCUUCAUCAUGGCUGAGAUGGUGGGAGUGCUGGCCGUGCACCUGUUCAUCGACCGGCACAGAGAGCUGCGGGUGGGAGCUAUCCACGCCCCAGACUACCUGCAGAGCUCGGCCAUCACGCGCAUCCCCAGCUACCGCUACCGCUACCGGAACCGCUCGCGCUCCAGCUCACGCUCCACGGACCCCUCGCAGUCCCGCGACGCCUCGCCCGUGGGCCUCAAGGGCUUCAGCGCGCUGCCGUCCACGGAGCUCUCCAUGUACACGCUCACCCGGGAUGCCCUCAAGCCCUCGGCCACGCCCACCGCCACCUACAACUCCGACAGAGACCACAACUUUCUGCAGGUGCACAACUGCAUCCAGAAGGACCUGAAAGACUCGUCCCUCAGCAAUGCAGCCAACCGACGCACCACCCCUAGAUUGAAGGACACUGAAUACAACUCCUGUCUGUGUUGAGGAAAGACUCCUCUGGGGAGAAGAGCAGGAGACAGAGACUCAGGCAGAGAAUGUUAUCCGAAAUCGGUUCUUUUAGAAGAACAUUCUGGUCUUUUCCUGCUGCGGGUACGCUUUCAUUUUCGAUCACUGCAGGACUGUGAGCCCGAUCAUGAACCCCUAAUGCACGGCGAGCGGCAAGUGGAGGUUGACACAAAAAAAAAGCUGGAAUGACAUCUGGAAAAGAGGAGAGGCGAGAAGGAAAAGAGGUAGCGGAAGUAGACGAGUGAAGAAAAUGACGAGUGAGAUACAAGGACAAACGAGUGACUGAUAAAUAAAGAAAUUUACAUGCAUGCUAAAAAUCUGCUCUUGAGAAAUUAACUUUUAAGAGAUAUUGAGAAUUAUUAGGGGCAAGAAGCAACAAUGCAAAUGUUACAACUGUGUGUCUCAUUUUAUGUUUCAUUUGAUUUCUAAAUGUAUGGUUUGCAUUGCCCGAAUUAGUCAAACGGAACACAAAACCACCUUUUUGAAAUAUUUGCUUUACUUCAUUGUGUUAAUAUAGAUGUGCUUUAUUUUAAAAUCUGACAGCUUUUUCAAAUGUGCUGUUUAAAUGACAGGAAUCUUUUUAAGGUGCCAAAACCGAAUUAUCCUAUCCCCCCCUGACAA